UUACUUCAUUUUCUCCACCUUUCUUCUCCUCAGAUUCCUUUAGCCUUCAAAAGUUUCAUAUAAAGAAAAAAAUAGAGCUUUCUUCUCUUUCAUUGUUCCUUUACACAGCAUUGCAGCUUUUAAUAAACUAAAUGGGGAGACAUUCUUGCUGUUAAAAACAAAAGCUGAGAAAAGGGCUUUGGUCUCCUGAAGAAGACGAGAAGCUUCUCAAUCACAUCACCCAUCAUGGCCAUGGCUGCUGGAGCUCUGUCCCCAAACUCGCUGGUUUGCAGAGAUGUGGAAAGAGUUGUAGAUUGAGAUGGAUCAAUUACUUGAGACCUGAUUUAAAGAGAGGAGCUUUCUCUCCUGAGGAAGAGAAUCUCAUCGUCGAGCUUCACUCUGUUCUCGGAAACAGAUGGUCACAGAUUGCGUCUAGGCUUCCGGGGAGAACCGACAACGAGAUCAAGAAUCUAUGGAACUCGAGCAUAAAGAAGAAACUGAAGCAAAGAGGCAUUGACCCGAACACACACAAACCCAUCUCCGAAGUUGACAAAGACAAACCGACAAGAAGCAGCAACAACGACCACAAGUCUCCUAGCUCCUCUGCUGCAACUAACCAAGACUUCUUCCUGGAAAGGCCAUCUGAUUUCUCAGACUACUUCGGUUUUCAGAAGCUUAACUUCAACUCCAACCUUACACCUGAGUCUUCACUCUGCUCCAUGGUUCCGGGGCAGUUUAGCCUCGGAAACAUGGUUGGUUCUGUCUUUCAGACACCCGUUUGCGUAAAGCCUUCGAUUAGUCUUCCUCCGGAUAACAGUUCGAGUACUGUCUCCAGAGGAGACCAUACAGCAUCUAACUGGGAGUUUCAGACAAACAACACUUCGAACUUCUUCGAAAAUAGCGGUUUCUCAUGGUCAAUCCCUUCUUCUUCAGUAACCAAACCUAAUCCUAACUUUGAAGAAGUGAAAUGGUCAGAGUAUUUGAACACACCGUUCUUCAACGGAAGCACGGUACAGAGUCAAAGCUCUCAGCAGAUCUACAUCAAAUCAGAGGGAGAGUACUUAGCCAAGGUUUCGAACAUUACAGAUCCUUGGAGCCAAAGCCAGAACGAGAAUUUAAGCACACCCGAAGCUAGUGACGUGUUCUCCAAGGAUCUUCAGAGAAUGGCCGUCUCUUUUGGUCAGUCCCUUUAGCUUUUCUUUUAAUUCUAACAGAUGUAUAGAACAAAAACAUAUACCAUAUACACAUACGUAGAGUGGAGCUAAGUGUUCUGUAUAUUCAUGGGGGUGAAAAUUGAGCUGUCUUUUAUUUGUUAAGUGUGUUUUAUACGUCAAUUCUUCUUCUAUCUUAUGCAAACCUUUCA